AUGGUUAGUGGAAUUGCUGGAGCUGCUAAGAGCACACAUAAUGUCUCAAUUGUUAAUUAUUUACUUAAAGUAAGGGAAGAAUAUGCCAGACAACAGCAAAAGGAUUAUUCCCAUGUUUUUAAAAAAAAAUCCUAUUUCGAUUUAAUGCGAUUAUCUUGUAUUAUAAUUGGGAUACAAUUUGCUUAUGCAGCAGAAACAGCUUUUGUAUCUCCAAUACUCUUAGAACUUGGAGUUGAAUAUAAACAUAUGACAAUGGUAUGGGCAUUACCUCCAUUUUUAGGUUUCUUUAUGUCUCCAUUUUUGGGAUCAAUUAGUGAUCGCUGUAAACUAUCAAUAGGAAGAAGACGUCCAUUAAUAAUAGGUUUAUCGAUGGCUUUGCUGCUUGGUUUAUUAUUGGUUCCGCAUGGCGAACAAAUAGGUGUAUUAUUAGGUGAUACCGGAUCCGAUUAUUCGGAGAACAAAAUAUUAAAUAUGACAUUGAACUUCUCACAAUUUGGUACUGCACAAGCUUUGCAUGCAUCAAAAAAUUUUGAUAUAGUAUCGAAUUGUAAAUUUGCUUUAAUUUUUACAAUUUUGGGUACUAUCUUGUUGGAUGUUAGUACAGAUAUCUGUCAGACACCAUCUAGAGCAUAUUUACUUGAUGUUUGUAUACCGAACGAUCAUGCUGUUGCUUUGAGUAUAUUUUCUACAAUGGCUGGUGUUGGUGCUUCAUUAGGUUAUGCUUUAUGUGGUAUAGAUUGGGAAUCAACUUCUUUUGGGAAAUAUUUUGGCGGAAAUAUUUUAACAGUAUUCACUUUAGUUACAAUACUUUUUAUCAUUUGUUUAGUAAUAACAAUAACCAGUUUUAGAGAAAUCCCUCUGUCUUUGAUUGAACAGGAUCCAAUGCUGAAACCACUAACGGCCUCAGCAAUCCAGAAAGAAGUGGAGGAAGCAAAAAAUGAUGUUGUAUAUUAUAUCAGAGAAAUUAAGGGAAUAUCUUUUCAAAAACGUAAAUCUGAAUUAAGCGAAUAUUUGGGUGAUUCUACAAUAAGUUCUGGAACUUAUAAGAAAAGAGACGAUGAAGAAUUCUUUGACACUAAUAUGAAGGAAAAUCUGGUUGCAGCAAUGUCAUCUUCUUUUAUUAAUGAAAAUGAAGAAAUAACUGAAAAUGAGGAAACGGAAACAAAAGCUUCGUUACUCGAAUAUUUAAAAAGUAUUAUAAUUAUGCCGAAAUCCAUGAGCAUAUUAUGUCUAACAAAUUUAUUGGCUUGGAUGGCAUAUCUUUGUUAUUGUUUAUAUUUUACCGAUUUUGUUGGAGAAGCAGUUUUCGGAGGAAUUCCUUCGGUGAAUCCAGAAUCUAAAAGUAAUUUAGUUUACGAAGAGGGUGUACGAUUUGGUUGCUGGGGUUUAACGAUAUGCGCGGCUGCAUGUUCCAUUCAUUCAAUAUUUACAGAAAAGUUGAUUAAAUUGUUUAAUUUAAAAAGAUUUUACAUUGGUACUAUGUUGAUUUAUGUCAGUGGUAUGUUUGUUCUCGCUUUAUGGCCCACUAAAAUUGGGGUUCUUGUGCUAAGUAUUACUUCUGGUAUGCAAUAUUCGACAUUAUUGACUGUUCCUUAUAUAUUAGUAGCAAAAUAUCAUGCUAGUAAUUGUUUUCAAGUAAGACGUGGUGAGAAAAUUCUAAUAAAGCAGGCAAGAGGUUUAGGGACAGAUGUUGCAAUUGUUUCAAGCAUGGUAUUUGUAGCACAACUAUUAAUCUCACUUGGCCUUGGGUCAACAGUUUCUCUAUUGAAUACAACGGCUGGAGUCCUUUAUGCAGCUUCAGUUUUUUCUUUAUUAGCAUCUCUAACGGCAUAUUUUGUUUUGUAUUUAGAAUGA